UAUUCUUUAUGUGCUUAUUAGCAGAGAGUGAGGAAGAGGAUGACAAUGAAAUGGAAGUUGAAGAUCAAGAUAGUAAAGAAGCUGAAAAACCAAACAUCAUUAAUUUUGAUACCAGUUUGCCAACAUCACACAUGUAUUUAGGUUCUGAUAUGGAAGAGUUUCAUGGAAGAACAGUGCAUGAUGAUGACAGCUGUCAAGUGAUUCCAGUGUUGCCCCACGUGAUGGUGAUGUUGAUUCCUGGACAGACGUUACCUCUUCAGCUUUUUCACCCUCAAGAGGUUAGCAUGGUGCGGAACUUAAUUCAGAAAGACAGAACGUUUGCUGUUCUUGCAUACAGUAACGUACGUGAAAGGGAAGCACAUUUUGGAACAACAGCAGAAAUAUAUGCCUACAGAGAAGAGCAGGAAUAUGGAAUUGAAACAGUCAAAGUGAAAGCAAUAGGAAGACAGAGGUUCAAGGUGCUUGAAAUAAGAACCCAGUCAGAUGG